AUGGAUAAUGACACUACAGUGUUUCUUCUCUUGGAAUUCUCAAAGUUUUGGGAACUGCAGGUUAUGUAUGCAAUGAUAUUUUUGUUCUUAUAUUUAAUUACACUAGCAGGGAACAUUCUCAUUAUCUCUGCAGUUAUUUUGGACUCCCAUCUUCACAUCCCUAUGUAUUUCUUCUUGACAAGUUUAGCCUUGCAAGACAUUGGUUCUGUUUCAGUCUUUAUCCCCAAAGCUGUUUUUAAUUCAGUUAUGAACAUAAGGGAUAUUUCUUAUUCUGAAUGUGUAACACAAGUGCUUUUAUUUGUAUUCUUUGUAGACUCUGAUAUUUCUCUCCUUACUGUCAUGGCCUAUGAUCGGUAUGUUGCCAUUUGCAAUCCUUUAAAAUAUGAAAUGAUAAUGAACAAGAAGGUUUGCACCAAAAUGGUUGGUAGUGUUUGGAUUGCCAGCUUUUUCAAUGCUGUAUUAAACACAAUGGGAACUUUUAUUACUCCUUUCUGCUCUAAUAUUAUCAAUCAGUUUUACUGUGAAAUCCCACCUUUACUUAAACUUGCCUGCACAGAUUUAUAUGUAAUAGAAAUUGGAGUUGUAGUAUUUAAUUUUGCAUUAGCAUUUGGUUGUUUUGUCUUCAUCAUUGUUACUUACAUACAGAUCUUUUCUGCUGUUUCAAAAAUCCCUUCUGUUCGGGGAAGGAAAAAGGCCUUCUCCACUUGCUUCCCUCACCUCACAGUUUUCUCCUUAUUCUUAUUUACGGCCUCAUUUGCUUACUUGAGGGUUCCAUCUGACACACCAUCAUACUUUGAUUUUAUAGUUACAAUAAUGUAUUCCAUUGUUCCACCCAUGUUAAAUCCAUUAAUAUACAGCAUGAGAAACAAGGACAUGAAUGUUGCUUUUUCAAAACUUUUUGGUCCAAGGACUCUUAUUUUAUUGGGCAAGAGUAGGAGGAGACAUAUGGAGGGUUAG